AUGCUGUCGUCCGCCAGGGCUUUGCUGGCUCGACUGGAGAUCUACCGCGGCGACCGGGCCGAGGAGGAGGAGGAGAAGGAGCUGCAGCCACUGCCGCAGCCGCCCCGACAACACCCUCCGCUUGCGGUCGACGCCGUUCUUACGCGGCGUGUUGCCCUCCUGCGAAAACGCCUGAAUGCCUUGAAAGAAGAGAACGGCGGCUUGCGUCGGGAAAUAGAGGCCGCGGAAAGGACGAUCGCGACACACAGCUUGCCCACUGCCGCGAUCCUCAUGUUGGGCUUUCAGUGCGUGCUGGAGGAGUACAGCCGGGCGCUGCAGAGUGAAGGAGAGCAUGUGCACGAAACAUCACUCAUGCGUGAUGCGUUGGUCCAUGCGUUGCAGCAGCUGUAUUCCUUGAAAUCGUUUAUGAAGACAUUGGAUGGCCUACAUGAAGCGUACAGACAGGUGCAAAGGGAGGGCGUUCAGUUGGUUCUGGAGAACUAUGUUGGGGGGAUUUCGGAGGAUGACGUACGCACGGCAGCGGCGGAGCUCAUUGUGCGAUAUGAUGUCCUUGAGGAAAGACGGAUGCAAUCGGUGAGCGAGUACAAUUUACUUCAGCGCAGUUUUGCCAACGCCGUUGGUGUGGCUGUUUCCCGUGCCAUGCUGCAUGUUGGGAAGAGCAAGCAGGCAGGUCAACAGACUCUGUCGUUGCUGAGUGCCAUGCAGCAGGUGGUGCUGGGGGCGUUGGAUGUCUUUCGUCAUUUAGAGCAAGACGUGGCGACGAACUUCGCGCGGGGCGUGAGUGUGAAUGCGGUUCUCCUCAAGAGGCUCCACGCAAUUAGUCUGUCGAUGGUCCCACAACACGCAGCGCCCACCACCGCCGAUCUGCAGGCGAUGACCGGUGGCGUGGCGGACACUGACAUUGAGCAGCGGCGGGACGGCUGCUACGACGCUUGUGUGCAGUCUUUGCAGGCCGCUUUGUUUCUACUGGUGGACUGA